AUGAAUUUACAUUCCCUGUAUUUUAUAUUCCCUGUAUUUUAUAUUCCCUGUAUUUUGCAUUCCCUGUAUUUUACAUUCCCUGUAUUUUACAUUCCCUGUAUUUUACAUUCCCUGUAUUUUAUAUUUCCACACUCUUCCUUUCCACUACUACGUACCAACAAGUCAUCCCUUUCACCCCACCACCUAUCGCUAUCACCCACCAACAAAAAACGCAUCACAUUAAACGAACCAAUCACCAUUCCAAAACAAACACUCCAUCACAACAAUUUAAAACCGUGCCAAAUAAGAACAGGAAUGCGAUUGAUAAUACGUACAAGGUCCUUUAGAUUUAGCAUUCCAUCGUUGCUGAACAGAAGGUAUGUUAUUACUACGAGAAUGGGCAGUGCUAUAGGAAGGGGACUGCUUGCUGUGAGGAGACCGGUUGCGUAUUUACCGUUCAUUCUGAUGGUGUCGAUGAUAUAAGCGGGAUGUGGGAGAUAGAAGAGUUAAUGGACGUGUUAGCGUGU